GGACUGGGCGUUUGGGGAGCGGCGCGAGGCCCCUGGGGCCCUGGGUGCGGUGGGCCCUGGCCUAGGCCGUCGGAUCAGGACCCCCAAACUCUGCACGCAGAGUUCUCGUUGGGCCCGAGCGGGCGGGAGCUGCUGGAGGGCUGUGCGGCUCCACGCGGGCGUCUGAGCUGGGCCUUGUCGGAGGAUCUCCUGGCCCCCGGCGGCCGCGGCGGCGCCCCCGGAGGCCCCUCUCCCGGGCGCUCCAGGUGUCUGGUCUUGCUGGCUCCCCAGGACCUGUAAGCAUGAAGCUCCUGUGUUUGGUGGCCGUUGUGGGGUGUUUGCUGGUUCCCCCAGCACAAGGCAACAAGGUGAGGGAGAGUUCUGAAGAUAUUCGGUGCAAAUGCAUCUGCCCACCGUAUAGGAAUAUCAGCGGGCACAUUUACAGCCAGAACGUGUCACAGAAGGACUGCAACUGCCUGCAUGUGGUGGAGCCCAUGCCAGUGCCUGGCCACGACGUGGAGGCCUACUGCCUGCUGUGCGAGUGCCAGUACGAGGAGCGCAGCACCACCACCAUCAAGGUCAUUGUCGUCAUCUACCUGUCAGUGGUGGGGGCCCUCCUGCUCUACAUGGCCUUCCUCAUGCUGGUGGACCCUCUGAUCCGGAAGCCAGACGCAUACACUGAGCAGCUGCGCGACGAGGAGGAGAACGAGGAUGCUCGCUCUGCGGCCGCCGCUGCCGCCGCCCCGCUGGGGGGACCGCGUGCCAACACCGUCCUGGAGCGAGUGGAGGGCGCCCAGCAGCGCUGGAAGCUGCAGGUUCAGGAGCAGAGGAAGACCGUCUUCGAUCGGCACAAGAUGCUCAGCUAGGCGGCUGUGCGCAUGGCAGGGACCCGCGGCCCCAGCUGCCAGCAGCCAGGGGCCAGCCCACCCUCUGCGCCUCCCUUCCUGGGGGCUCCCUUUAAAAGCCCGUGGCAUUUUCCCCCCUCCUCCCUCUUUAGAAAUGUUCGCAGCUGAUCUAAUUCGGGCAGAGUGACGGGGUCCCGAUCUCCAGUUUGCCUGCUCAGGGCUUCGGGCCCAGGGAGGGCUGCCAGGCCGGAAGGGGAUGGAGACGUCUCAGGGGGCCUCAGGCUCAGACGGGUCUGCCUCUCCGUGCUCCGCCUGUGCCUCCCGUCCAGCCGCCGGCCUUGGGGACGGGGAGCUCAGUGGGAGGAAGCCUGGCCCAGCGUCGGCUUGGCUGGUUGUCACGGCCGCCUUCCUCAACCCCGGUACCAGCCCCAGCCCGGCCUGGUGCCAGCCCCAGGAUGGCCCUGGUGGGAGAGCUGGUGCCCCCGGGCCCCGCCGCGGUCCUCAGUACCUGGGCACUUGCCCGCACCCCCCUCUCCUACGAGGACUCCUCCGCUGACAUGGCAGUGUUCACGCGCCCCGCUGACCCUGCUGCCCGGCCCCUCCCUCCCUCCCUCCCAUCCGAGGGGCCCAGGCAGCCCGACUGCUGAGCCGGACCCUUGGUGGGACCAUGCGACCAAGAGGCUGAGCUACUGUCCUGCGCACCUGGCCUCCCGGCCUCAGAUCGCCACUUAUCCCUCAGUCAUUGUUCUACUGCAUGGGAGACACGUCUGUCCUUCAGUUGUCUUAAGGAUGCUGUCAUUAAAUUGUCUUUAAAUUGUCUUAAAUUCA